UAGCAACAGAAAAUAGCCAAAUUAUUAUUCGCGAAGAGAACAAACAAAAAAUGAACUCCCUCGAACAUCGUGAGGCUAUGAAAACUUUUUAUAAAAAACAAUCUUUCAUCUUUCGCAUCUUUGCUCAGCUGAAACUUUCGGAUACGGUGUCGGAUCGUUUUCGUCUACUGCAUCGUAUUUAUUUCUAUUAUAUUCUCAUCGGCUGGGUUCUAUCGUUCGACAUAAGUUGUUUGAUUCAAUUCAUUUCGAAUAUCACCGAUUUGAAUGAAGUCAUCAAAGUGUUCUAUAUAUUUGCCACAGCCAUGGGAGUGUUGGCAAAAUUCUUGGCAAUUAAAAUAAAAAAUAAUCUCUAUGCGGAGUUAAUCGAAGCUAUGCAUGAAGCGAAAUUUCGUCCCACCAAUAGCAGGGAACUUCAACUAUUUCGGGAAUCUCAACGCUUGGCACGAACUGUGCGUAAUUUUUAUACGACCAUAUCGUUGUGUGCCCUGAACGCUUUGCUUUUCACUCAGUACAUUAUCGACACAACUCAAUUGCCAAUGUCGAUAUAUAAUCCAAUUAACACGGACACCAAACUCCGUUUUGUUCUGGUGUAUAUCUAUCAAUAUUUGGCCGUAUCGGUUUGUUGUUAUACAAACAUUGCCUUUGACUCGAUAUCGGCCUCAUUUAUGAUUCACGCCAAGGGUCAAUUGGAUAUACUCUGUGAUCGUUUGAAACAUUUGGGCAUGGAUUCGGAGACUAGUGAUGAAGAGAUUACGGCUCAGUUGAAAAAUUGCGUCAAAUAUUAUGGUGAUAUUAUUCAUAUUGUCAAAAUUGCUGAAGAUCUUAUAAGUUUUCCCAUUUCCGUACAAAUUGCAUGUUCGGUAUUGGUGCUGGUGGCGAAUUUCUAUGCCAUGUCUUUUCUUUCCGAUUUUGCCAACUUCAUUAAAUUCCUCAUCUACCAGCUGUGCAUGCUGUCGCAAAUUUACAUCCUCCUCUAUUUCCCCAGUGAGGUAACAUCGAAGAGUGAAGAAGUUCCCUACCAUUUGUACUGUUCGAAAUGGGCCAACUGGAGUGCAUCGAAUCGUAAAUUGACGUUGCUAAUGAUGACCCGAUUCGAUAUACCGAUACGCAUUAAAUCGAUUAAUCCCACCUACACUUUUAAUUUGGCAGCAUUCACUUCGAUUGUCAACUGUUCCUACAGCUAUUACGCAUUGCUCAAGAGGAUCAAUAGUUAAAUGCAAAGAAAAAGAAAAUAGAAUAAGCUUCAUAAAAGAAAGUUUAUUAGAUCAAGGUUUAGCUUAUAUUCAAGUAGGAAUGUGUUAUUGAUGUAAACCCAUGGUACAAUAAGGAGGUAUAACAGCUUCUUAAAAGUACAUAAACACAGCUCUGAGGCUAUGCCCGCUUCCUAUCAGAAUUAUUCAAAAUUAUAUGCAACAAGUGGUUUUCACUUAUUUCACAUUUUUUUCUCAUUUUUAAAAUAACUUAAAUAAAGCGAAAGA